UUCUGACUGAUUCCAAGUUACAGUUAUCUUGAAGCAUAACCCAAAAUCCUACUAGAACAACCCCAUCAAAACCAAUCAUAAUCUGCUGUGCGUUUCUGAACGUCUCUCGCCUUUUGCUCACGGCUUCAGUCCACAGUACAGUGCCGCUGCUCGCAGACAUGGACUUCGUAACCGUCCUCACAGCAGUGUUUUUACUGUUAUUUACCCUUCUGGUGUUCAUCUAUCGAUUUCUCUCGCGUAAAAAUGACUACUUCCGCAGCAAACCUAUUCCUUCGCUUCCGGGACCGCUGUUCUUCGGUGGUACCAAACCGAUGAUGUUGUCCAAAGAGUCCUUCCCGGAGUAUGUUAAACGGGUCUACGAUAAGUUCCAUGAUGCCAAGGUGUUUGGCGUGAUGAAUACCAUCCUGCCGUUGUACGUCCUGCGCGAUCCAGAACUGAUCAAAAAGAUCGCCAUCAAAGAUUUCGAUCACUUCACCGACCACCGGCCGAUUUUCGGGUCCGAUCAUGGCGAUCACCCCAAUCUGAUCGCGUGCAAGGCGUUGUUCGUCUUGACCGGUCAAAAAUGGAAAACGAUGCGAGCGACGCUGAGCCCGGCUUUUACCGGUUCGAAGAUGAAGUUGAUGUUUGAACUGAUCGUCGAGUGCAGUGAAGCAUUGGUGGCGUACUAUCGGGAACAGGGUGACGACGUCGCCAAGGAGUGGGACAUGAAGGACGUGUUUGCGCGAUUUGCGAAUGAUGUGAUCGCGACGUGUGCCUUUGGGAUCAAGGUCAACUCUUCGAGCGAUCGCGACAAUGAAUUCUACCGUAAGGGGAAGGAGAUGAUGGUUUUUACUAAUUUGAAAACGCGGCUGAAGAUUUUGGGAUAUUCGUUUGCUCCGAAGCUAAUGAACUGGUUUGGGAUCGACUUGAUCAGCCAGGAACACAGCGAUUACUUUUCGGGGUUGAUUAGAGACACGGUUCGGACGCGGGAAGCCAACGGGAUCGUUCGUCCGGAUAUGGUCCAUCUGUUGAUGCAGAGCCGGAAAGGAAUGUUGACGAACCAACAGGAAGAUAAUAAGCAGCAGGAAGACUCUGAAACGGCGCGAUCGCAACCAGAAACUAUCAUGACCGAGAGUGAAAUGAUCGGCCAAUGUUUAUUCUUUUUCCUGGCUGGAUUCGACACGGUUUCAACAUCUAUGACCUUCCUCGCGU